GUUGCCACCCGGACCGUUUUGUCCGCAGCACAGCGUUUCAGGGCGGAAAAGGAGGACAAGCAGCCACCAUGGCGGAGACGCACAGCUUGCAGGAUCUGAGGCAGCAGGCCACCGUCGCCUCCAAAGUGUUCGUUCAGCGCGACUACACAUCAGGAACCAUCUGCAAAUUUCAAACCAAAUUCCCCACCGAGCUCGAGACCAGGAUUGAUAAGCAGCAGUUUGAGGAGACGAUCCAGACGCUGAAUAAUCUGUACGCCGAGGCAGAGAAGCUGGGAGGGAAAUCGUAUUUAGAGGGCUGCCUCGCCUGUCUCACUGCCUACACCAUCUUCCUCUGCAUGGAGACACACUAUGAAAAAGUGCUGAAAAAGAUUGCCAAGUACAUCCAGGAGCAGAAUGAGAAGAUCUACGCUCCUCUGGGUCUGCUCCUCACCGACCCCAUCGAGCGAGGACUUCGAGUCGUGGAGAUAACCAUAUUUGAGGACAGAAGCAUUGGCUCAAGAUAAAACACACCAAAGCAGUAAAUAUUGGCCAUGUGAAGCUCUGUCCUGCUGGAGUCAGACUCCUCUUCACGCUGCUCGUCAUCGCUCCGUCUCUGAACGCAGACCCUACAUCGUACUCCUUCAUUUUAUUCUGUUGUCCUUCCUCCAUUCCUCCCCGGAGAGUGAGACCUGACGAGCCCUUCCUUUACAAAGCUGAGCUUACUUCAUUUAAAAGCCCUUCAUGUUUUUGUAUGUACUGUCUUAAUUCCUGGAAAUUAUUUUAAAAGCAACGUGUUUUCUAUAGUACUCCUUUUAAAAUGGUUUCUUUUUCCUGUCGCCUUUUUUUAACCCUGUCUGGGUUUUUUGUAUAUACGUGUGCUGAGUGAGGGGCAGGUAAAGUGUACAGUGUUGAUUCGCCACACGGCUGCAGUGUUCAGAGAGACGGCAUCCCUUCAGUAAAAAGAAUCCUUAAUGCCAGACUUCAUAAAUUGACGUUUUGGUGAGCCGACAUUUGCUCUUAUAAAAUGUAAUCUUAUAAAAUCAUUUUCCUGCAAUUUACGAUAUGAUAAUAUUACAGUUACAGUCCGACGUUACUCAGUCGGUUAAUAUACUGAUUGUGCAGAGUGACAGGAGUCCGUGCUAUAUCAAGGGCGGAGCUUAAGCUUGAUCAGCCAAUUGCAAGUGUGGUCACGUGACAUCGGCACGAACAUUUCUGUUUACUACUUCGCCUUGACGACUUACCGGUAUAAUCACACAGUGUAAUGGUUAACCUCACUGGCUAAAGCCAGCUACCUAAAAGUAUCAUGCGCUCCCUUUAUCCAGCUGAAGAGUCUAGCUAACGUUAACAUUAACUCUUGUUCAUGUAAUGCUCAUAUUGUGUUAUUAAAAUAAUCAUUUUAUGCAUCACAAGUACAAGGGACAUUACACAUGAAGUUUGUGAUUGGCUGAUGGCGUUGAUCGUUGACCUCAGGACGCCUGUUACUUUGCAAAAUCAAGACAUUCUUUCAUUCAUGUUUUAUAAAUCUAUAUAUACAGAUUUGUUAACAGUACAGACACUUUAAAGACGACUGUCCUUAUACUACCUUAUGAACAGGACAGAAUUUAUCUCCACAUAUUUAGUCCACGUGUGCUGAAUAUAACAUUAUAAAUAAUUAUUGGCACAUAUAAUAUGUAGAUAUAAUGUACUUUUUAAUUCCAUUACCACUGAUGAGUUAAUGGUGAUGAACCCACUCCAUCCCAUCCAUAUGCAGUGAUUUUUGUUUUGAUCAUGACCCAAGAAAACACUAACAUACACAGCUUAACCCCGGUCCUAAACACAGUUACACUAUUAUUAAAGACUCUACCUUCAGCUGUAUGGAUGCAGAUGCACUCAGACUGUGUGUGCAAACCUACAGCCCGGUUGGAGUCGAGUUGACAGAAUGAUGUGUUGUUGAAUGAUGGCUGAUUUAAAAUUUGUGGCCUCUUUGUAUCGAUACUGACGCCGUAAAUCCCUUAAGGCGAGAAGUCGCCGUGUUUAUUGGAUUCAUGAGCACAGCUGCCAUUUGUAUCUUUGUUGUACCAUAAUAAACAGUUGUCUUUUUCUUGAAGGAUCUCUGCACACCUUUAUUUAAAAUGUGUAUGGUAAUAAAGUUAAUAUAACUUCAA